GUGAACACAGUUGUUGUUGCGGUGACGGAGGCCGGAUUGUCGAAAACAGUGCACACCACACCGUACCCGCCGGAAAGUUAUCCGAUCGUAACUCCUUCGCCUUUCGCCCACUACUGCGAACGAGCAGAAACCGCAUGGUGCCCCGCCAGAAUUCAACGACCUUUUGACGUGCACGGAGUUCGCUUCCGCCCGCGGAGAGUGGUGCAUCAAAGAGUGCGUGUUUAUGUGAAAGAGUUUGUUGCUGCAAUCCUUUUUGCUCCAUCCAAGUGUGCUGUGGAGUUGGCGUAGUCCAUCCUCGGCGGAAGAAUAAUUUGCGUGAAGUGUAGUGUGGCAAGGUGGCUCCUCCGACGAAAGCAAAGUGUAUUAAAGUGUUUCGGAAAAAAGGCAGUAAUCCAAGUGUAACGUUUUCUCGGCCUAGAGUGCCGUUUGUUGUUACUCCAUUGCUACCGUGUUUAAAGUAGGCAUUAAAGCGAAUCGAGCUUGCGAGACGACGCCGUUCAUCCCUUAUCGCGUUGUUCUGAUCUUCGUGCGCGAUCAUCGUACAAUGUGCCUGUUGCAGUGAGUGAGUGGCGUGGUGGCUGCAUUCUAAACCUUCCGUCCAUCCCUUCUUCCCGGAACACAGAUUGCACAGCUCGGUUUGUGUUUGAUAAAGCUGUGCGAUUGCGUUGACGAUCUGUCGUCAUCUCGGUGGCGCAUCUUCUCCCAUCAGGCCUCACUGCAGACAACGAGUCGCAACCCCUUAUUGCACCGGCAAACCUCGGUUCGCCAAGCAGAGUGAAGAACGACCAACCAACCGUCGAACACCGCCCGGCAUCAAACGAUGUACAACGGUGAAGCAACAGCAGCCCGACCGAAGCAGGAAGUGAUUGGAUCGGAAAGCCGUUCGGUUCCAAUAUAGCACCAGCGUGCUAGAAUCCGCCCCGACCGGUGCUAAGUUGCAAACGUGGCUUUAGCCCAACGCUGCUAACAGCUACCCACUGGCCCGAAGCCGAUUUCUGUUGCCGAUUCGGAACAGACCAUGGAGGAGGAAACUGUAAAUCAUCUCACAAAUUCACAAUCAACAGCCAAAACGAUGGCGGACCGUGGUGUGAUGAGCCCGGGCUAUUGCACCUUCCCGAGACCACCGUCCUCUACCAACGCCAGGCUGUCAUCGGUGGCAGAGCAUACCGAGCGUCAGCAGGUGCUGGAUCGGGAUGCAAACCACGCCGGACACUUCUACACAUUACGGCCAGCAAAGAUGGGUGGUGUUGGUGGGCGUUUAAAUCCGGUGGUGGGAAGUUUUCGGAAAGUACCGACCACGGAAGACCUUGCCGAAUCGAACCGCAGCUUACUGUACCAGCAGAACAUGAGCACGUUCGAGAACUUCUGCGAGCGGCGCAACAGUGAGCAGCGACUGCAACCGCACCGUGCUGGUGGGGAGGAGGAGGUGGAGGAGGAUGAGUCGGCUGAACUGGCUGGUCCGGACAGUUUGGGCAAUUUCUGCACCCUGCGUAAGGUGCGAAGAUCGCGUAGUGGAAGUGACAGUGUGACAUCCGCGCAACAGUCCGACGCAAGUCGUCGCCCGCUCGGCGGUGCGUACUGUACGUUGAAGAAGAAAAAGCUGCAAUUGAAUCGAAAGUUUGUGGAAAGCUUCCUGGAAGACCCGAACGCGAAGGUGGUGGAUUAUCUGUCCGAGUUGGAUGCGUACCUCGACGAGAUGGAUGAUGAGCUGUGCGGUGAUGUGGAUGAUGGUGAUAGUGCGUGUGAGGAUCACUGCUUGGAGCAGAAUCUGCCCGCUCUGGAUAGCAAGUGUGAGAGUGCUCGUGAAGAGGAAGAGCAAGCUGGAGAAAGUUUACAGUAUUACCAAACCGAGGUGCGUGGUGAGGUUAGUGAGGAGUGUGCGAUGACGGCGAACGAUGUGUAUCAGGAGGAUCGUAUCAAGUUCGGUGACAUCAAGCAUUUCUGUACCCUUCCCAAACAGAAGCGUACACAGUUUCUGGAUGCGUUUAAGCGUGGUGCGUCGAUGCGUAGGUCGGUCGCAAGUCAGCCAAAAGCGACCGAUGAACCGGUAACCAUUCGGGAUGAGAAGAUCGUGUGUGAAAAAUCGUCGGAAAGCGGGGACACCUCAAAUGGCCAAACAUCGACCGCCACCCUGCCACGAUACGGCCAAUCACCGAGCAAUGACGCUCCACAUCAUCAGCAUCAUCACCCCAGCUGGCAUCGGCAUUCGAUGCGCAAGAAGCACCUGAUAGAAUUGCCGGAGCAGGAGAUCUUCGAGCUUCCAGCGUCUUCCAAUGUAGCUUCAGAACCUUCUAUGAGUGCGGAUAGCAAUGAGUCUCUACCGGACACCAACGACUUGAGCUCCAUCACAACCCUGCCAAUGGAUGAAGUGCCAACGGCUUCGGGAACGCUUGGCGUAGUCCCCUCCUUGGUAGUUGCAUUACCUCCCUCUCCGGUGCCGUCGUUUAUAGAACACCGGGACGGGAUAGUGGCAUCCGCGCCUCCCGCCUCCAACUCCUCUUCUCCUCCACCGCAACUGCUCGAAACCGAUGUGGAUAUGGUCGUACAGGAGCGGCCAAGACAGGCAGGACGGCGGGCGCAGUCCCAACCACGGAUCGGAUCGAUAACGGUCGUGCGGGAUGCGACGACGAACGAGCUCAUCAUACAUGCGAACAGUGUGACAGGAUCUCCGACGGCACCUCCAUUAGAAGACCUAAGAUCAUCGUACCAGGCACAUCAUCACCAUGGCCGAUACGCGGGCGAAUCGGAGAGCAGUUCGAUUGGCAGUUCACGCAACCCGAGCCCGGUGUCGCUGCUAUCUACGACAACCACAUGCAGCUCGAUAGCAUCGGGCAUUGAUAACGCUAACGACAGGGCACACCGAAGCGUAUCGGAGACUCCGCACGAUGGAUCUACGGAAUUGGGCAGCACCCCGUUUGCUGAGGGUUCUACCGUUGUCAGCUCUAUCGCUGCCGUCCGCUCAUCCGCCCCCGACCGAAGACUCCGUGACUCGUCGGAUCUGCACAGUCGCAGCACAAACGCCUCCUCCACAGCAGCACAAGUGACGCAGGCCGAAGAACCAUCGAGUACAGCGGAAGAUCGUACAGCCGCGACCGGUGAAGAGGAGUCGGACGUGGAAGCAGUCGGUAGUCCGCAACGGGGCAGCAGCCGCCGCAGCGAUGGUCGACCGAAGGCACGCUGGCCGCACGCCAUCUCGCGCUCACUGGCGACCACCUUCUGCACGCUGGGGCUGUUCAACAUCUCACGCUUUGCCGUGUUCAGCGUCCAUUUCGGGGCCAACUUUGUGGUGCAGUUUCUGAUCUUCUCGCUCCUGUUCGGCAUACCGAUGCUGUGGCUGCAGAUGGUGCUUGGUGCGCGCAUUCGUGGCGGUCCCGUCACGAUGUGGCGCAUCAGCCCAAUAUGUAAGGGUAUCGGAAUAGCGCUGCUGCUCGCCCAAGCCCUCGUCACGCUCUACUCGGCAAUCUCGCUGGCCUGGGUGCUGGUGUACUUCCGGGACGCGUUCAUCAUGCGCAACGAAAAGUAUCGCUGGCAGGAACCGUUUGAGCUGUACCGAGGCGUCGGACAGGACAAUCAGUCCUACCGACUGCCGGACACGGUUGCGGACUACUUUAACGGGGUCGUCCUGCAGCGCUACUAUCUCGCACACCAGGCUGCCUCGGUUCCGGCAGGCUACGGUGCUCGCAACUCACCGCCAGCCCCUGCACCAUCGCGCACCGGCGGCAUCGGAGCAAUACGCUUCCAGCUCGCGUUCAAUAUGGCCAUCCUCUGGACGCUGGUGUUUGUGGCACUCUGUCGUGGCAUACGCUCGCUGGGAAAGAUCGUCAUCGGCGUGUUUCUCGGCGCAUUCGUUGGCCUCGCCAUCGUCUGCGCAAAGUUCCUCACGUUCAUCAACUACGACAGCGUGCAGAACAUCUUCCCGGCAACUGAUUGGCAGGACUUCUUUCUCAACUCGCGCAGCUGGACUAGUGCAGCCCAGGAAACAUUCCUAACGUGGGGCCUGCUCGGUGUGUCUGUGUACGCAAUCAACUGUCGAAGUAAUCGGAAGGGAAGCUGUAACGUGCGGACGCGUCGAGAGCUGCGUCGUGACGCGUUUCUGGUCGCGUUCAUCACGCUUGCGGUGCUGAUACUGGCCGCCAUAUUGGGCAGUGCUUGUGUGCAGAUACUGAACAGCCGUGGGUACUACUACUUUCCGGGAUCGUACGAAAAUCUGGGCACAAACGUUUUCCUGCGGCCAGCAAAUCAACCACUCCCGCCCCAACACGCCACCAUGCCCAACCGUUGGCUCAUCCGCUACUCGACCGUUACCGGGGAAAGCUUCAAACGCUCGUAUGCCGACCCGAACCGCGAAUCCGGUUACCAGGCGCUGCGCCUCGUCACCGAGCUGUUCCCGGCCGCCCUAGCCGCCGCUACACCGGAACACAUUGCACCGGUAUGGGGGCUGGUCGGCUACCUGGCACUGGUUCUGUUCGGAUUGGGUCAGCUGUGCGUGAUGUGGAAACCGGUUGCCGGCGCUAUCGGCGAUGCCCCAUCCUCCAUCUUGCUCAGCUGCGUGACGGGCCUUCUGCUCGGCAUGCCGUUGGCGACCGAAGGUGGCAUUCACAUCGUGCACUAUCUCGACACGAUCCUCGGUGCGGCGUGGUGGGUUCUAUUGCUCUGGAUCGGCCACAUUCUGGCGCUGUUCCUAGUGCGCGGUCGUCCAUUCACGAGUGACAUUCUAGUCAACGAUCUGCAGAUACUGCAAUCAUUUUCGGCGUUUGUAGCAUUCGCUUGGAACUUCCUGCUGCCGAUCGGGCUUAUCUUCAUGUGCAUCGUGCAGUAUCGGCUGUCUAACAGUGCCGCACUGUUCAACUGGUCGUCCACGGGACCUGCAACGAUGGCAGUGGGAGCGAACAACUACUGGCCACUGUGGGCCCGCCAGGUCGGCGGUUUCGUGCAGGUUAGCUUCCUGCUGCUAGUGCCGAUCGUAAUGGUGAUACAGAUCUAUCGCUAUCUUUGCCGCGGUCCACCCGACAUACUGGACCGCGUCGAUUUGUUGCUUAGACCGCCAAUAGAUGGCGACACUAGCAACUCCAUCCGUGCGAUGCAUGCGCGCCGUGCAGCAGUCUCGUUGCCACUGCAACGCAGUACCGCUGCCAGUGCUGGUCGUGACGGUUCCGAACCGACCAUUACCCUCGCCAUGGAUUCACGAUCGGUGCGUGACGCUGAUGAUGCGCCGCCAAAGUACACACCACCGCCCUCAUACACCACCGCCACCGGUGCCCGCAUUGCUAAGCUGUUGCGCAACAGCAUCCGGCGAAGUGUGCGUCGCCUGAUCGGAGAAUCGAGCGGAGGUGCCGCACCGACGAUCCGGCAACGUGCCGCACUGCCUCAAACCGCUUCGACCGAGGCGCAGGCGGCCAAUCCCUCUACCGGCGAUGAACUGCCACCGCCGGACUACUGUUCCGCGCUGCAACUCAGGAGUGGGGCCGCUCCCUAUCUCAGCACGGCCCCAGGACUUGAGCUAAACCACCACCAAAAUCCAACCGCUGCGCCACGCAUCCUCUACAACUCAGCCACACUCGGCAGUGGUCGAAGGUAUCGCUCACUGAACGCAACGGGAGAUUCGACACCUUCACAACACCCACAGCCCAACUUCACCGCAUCCGAUGUGCGGCAGAUACUGCGACCGGGCAACAAUCAGCCAGCAUGCUUCACGCAAACGCUACGGAACACACUGCUGCGUCGCGGACACUCGAUGGAAAAUCUCGUCCUAGCCGCAGCGCCGCUCGGAGACUCAAGUAUCAUCACACUGCACGGGGACGACAAUGACGGCAACGAUGAUGAAUCACAGGGUGGCAAUCGGGUCUCGAGCAAUGCUCGCGAUUCGGUGAUAUAGAAAGCUUACCACCAGGCUACUUAUGUAUGUAAUCUUACGCAGGGAUGUGAGAGUGUAUGUGUGCGUUUUUCACACACACGAACGACAAGGAUUUCCGUAGAAAAUGAUCAAUGCUGGCAUGCUGCAUUUAGGGAUUAGUCGUAAUCAACCUAGUAUUGUAGAAAAAGAAAAACACACAUACACACAAGCAGCGGACAGGACGAAAUCGCUGUGACAGAGAAUGUCCUGUUUUUUUCCUUUACUAUUGGAAACAGAAACAAAUGCUCGUUUAUUUAUUGGUUUCAUUGAAAA